UAAGGUAUGUUUAAGCCUUUGUCCACAUAUGAGAUAUGAUCACUGAAUUUCUUGGUAAUGCUUCUAAUGAAAAGGAUUUUAGGAGUCAAACAUAGACUUGUGAUGAAGUGAAUCCCUCAAUUAUUAUAUAUAUGCAUACAUAUAUAUGUUCAGCAAACAAAAAAAGAAGAUAGAUAACAAAAAUAACUUUCCAAUUUAUCUAUUCUAUUUACUGAUCUUUUCAUAUACAGAUCAGUGAGGUUAUUCAAGAAGAUAUGGAGAUUAGAAUGGAGGAGAACCAUCGAGAAAUUACAUCACUUCUCAAUUCUUCUGAUGCACAGAGCAGCCACGUUGUAGUAGAAAUAUCAUCCAUGGAAGAAGAUGUUAUAAGAAAGCUUUACGAGGCAUCAAAGAUUGGAUGUGUACAAACCUUGAAAACUUUCAUUAAGGAGAAUCCAAAUCUCAUUCAUAAGGUUUUGAUUUAUACAUCUUCCAUUACAACUGAGACUCCAUUAUUGCACAUCUCAGUUUCUCAGGGCCACCUUGAAUUCACUCGGUUGCUUUUAGAUCACAUCCCUCAACUUGCUACUGAAGUUGAUGCCUUUCAAAGAACUCCACUUCAUAUAGCUUGUUCAAAUAACGGGGAUAUGGAGAUUAUUAGAGCUUUGUUGGAGAAGAACACAAGUUCUUGCUUGGUUCAAGAUCUUAAUGGCUUCAUUCCUCUUCACUACGCAGUGAUUAGUGAGAAUAUUGAGAUGAUGAAAUUGUUGAUAAAAGCAAGGCCACAAUCUAUUUUGAUGAAGGCCCUCCACAAUAAUAAUGGUAAAACUGUUUUACAUUUAUGUGUAGAAGGUAACUAUUUGGAGGGAAUGAAGCUGCUAAUUCCUCAGACAUUAUUAUUUGAUAAAGACUUUCUCAACACAAUGGAUGAUGAAGGAAAUACUAUUUUGGAUUUAUCUUUAACGUUAAGACGAAUUGAGAUGGUGGGGUAUUUACUCACAAUUCCAGAAGCAAAAACUAGAACAAACGACACAAAAGAAAAAAUACUAGAAUCACAAAAGAUCACAAAGGCGAGAAACCGCAAAACAAAAAGACGAGAAUUGGUAUCAUUGUGCACCAAAAAAAAAUCAAUAGGAUUGUGGAAGGUAUGGAAGAAGAAACUGAAGUAUAAAGGGGAUUGGGUUCAAGAAGUGCAAGGCACAAUGAUGCUUGUGGCUACCGUCAUCGCGACUGUGACUUUUCAAGGGGGAGUGAAUCCGCCCGGUGGCGUUUGGCAACAAGAUACUCCAUUCGUUUAUUCGAGUUUCAACGAUGCUACAAAAAAUUGUUUGAAUGAAUUCUACAUGAAUUUUGGCUUAUAUGAUCUAUUUUCUUACUCCAACACAACUGUAUUAUUUGCAGCUGGAACUGGAGUAAUGAAAUCCCAACAACCCGAAGUGUACUCGAUAUACAUAUGGGUUAAUACAGUGUCAUUUUUGGCAUCGAUGACCGUGAUUUUGAUGAUCGUUAGCCGAUUUCCGCUAAAAAACAGGAUUUGUAGUUGGCUAUUGGCCUUCGCCAUGUGCAUAGCAGUGUUAUCCUUGGCAAUUGGGUAUCUUCUUGGAGUUAAAAUGGUUCACCUCCUCAAUUUUCCGGAUGGUAGAAUUUUUGCGCCAUACUCUAUAUUUUCUUUAACAAUUAUAUGUUGGUUGGGGGUCGUCGGACUGGUUUGCCUAUGUUUUAUAGCUCGCAUUCUCAUUUGGAUGGUGAAGACUUUGGGGGUCGUCGGACUGGUUUUCCUACGUCUCAUAACUCGCAUUCUCAUUUGGAUGGUGAAGAACUUAUGCCACCCUUUCACCUCUAAGAUCAAAUCUCACAGCUUUAAUGUUAACUCAACUAGGUUUCUCAGGUUUUUCCAAUAUUGUUCAUCGACUUAAAUAAAAUUAAAGAUCAUGGAGUAUGUAUAUGUACAUGAAUUGUUAUUAGGUAGAUUUUGUCGUAUGUGUUUCAUUUCAUUUUCUUUUGUAGACUGCAGUUACUGUGUAAUCAACUUAAAGAAAAGAAUGUUAAACUAUUCAAUAUUUUUAUGUGUAAAUAAUGUAAGUGUAUUUGAUUCUAUUUCUAUAUAUUAAAUAUGGUUGUUCCAAGGUCAAA